AUGACGGACGAUUUGCGUGGUUUGCUGAAGCGAGAGAAGCGGAUACGGGACAGUUUGGACUCCGUGGCUUCGUUUGUGCGUGAAUUCAAAGAAGAAGAAGACAAAGAUGAGGUGGAAGUUCGUUUGCAGCUGUUAGAAAGUGCAUUCCAUGACUUUCACGAAGUGCGUGAGAAGAUUGACGUGAUUCUGGAUGAAGCCGACGAAGAUGAAGUGGUUGAUACAGAGGAGUCGGAACAGGACCGUCAAGCGAGGCUCAAAUAUACGGCGAAGAAACGGGAAGCUGAAAGCGCAGUUGUUUCGAGGAGCGUGGAGAACUGCUACUGCAAGGCGAAGGCUGCGUUGCUGAAGUGGCAGAAUCAGAUGAGGCCUGCCAAUCCAAGUUCUGCGGUCCCAGCUGCACAGCCGGUUCUCUCGAGGGUGAAGCUUCCGGAAAUAAAGCUCCCAUCGUUCAGCGGCGUACUGCGAGAUUGGGUUUCGUACCGUGACGCGUUCCAAAGCCUGAUUCAUCGGAACAGGGAGCUCACGGAUAUGGACAAGUUCACCUACCUCCGAUCAUCUUUGUCCGGUGAUGCACUCCUUGAAGUCAGCUCCAUCGAACUUUCCGCUGCCAACUACUCGGUAGCGUGGGACGCGCUGGAGGAUCGCUAUCACAACCGAAAGCUAAUCGUCAAGGCGUACCUCGAUGCCAUCUUCCGAAUCGAGUCCAUGCGACGAGAGAGCUACGAAGCGCUGAGCCAGCUCAUCAGCGACUUCGAGAAGAACCUGCAGAUGUUGAAGAAGAUGAACCAGGACACCGAUAGCUGGAGCACGAUUCUGGUGCACAUGGUCUGCUCGAGACUUGACAGUGCUACCCUGCGAUUCUGGGAAGCGGCGCACAAUUCGAAGGAAGUACCUACAUACCGGAACCUUACCACCUUCCUGAAGAAUCACUGCGCUGUUCUCCAAUCCGUCGAGGUGAGAAACCCCGCCGGCGAGAUGAAGAAGCCGACGAUAAGUAAAAUUUUCGAUGCUUCGUUGAAUUUCAUGACGUUCUCUUCCAGCGACGGCUUCCGCGAUACAGCAAACAGCCUGGCAAACAGCUAA